AUGGCAACUGAAGGAAGUGUUCAGUUUCUUGCUCUUGCAUACGUGGCAGAUAAUGUUCCAGAGGGCAAAAGGGCUGCUGUUUUCGGGAUCAUGUCCGGAUUUGCAUCUUCUUCUUUCGUAUUCGGGAACUUCUCGACUCGUUUUCUAUCGACUUCAGACACAUUUAAAGUAGCUGCAGCAAUGUCGAUUAUUGCACUGCUCUAUAUGAGAGUCUUUCUUCCAGAGUCCAACAACAGCACUUGUUCAAAGGCCACAGAGACUGAUUGUCUUGUCGAGAAAGGUCCCAUGAAAAAAUCGAGUCUUUUACGGACUCUGCCUUCUGUGGACGACGCCAUUUGCUUGUUGCGGAUUAACCCCACUUUCUCGAAAGCGGCCGUUGUUGCAUUCUUUAUCAAUGUUGCCGAAGUUGGACUCAAUGCUUCUUUGAUGUAUUACUUGAAGGCUCAAUUUCACUUUAACAAAGACGAAUUCGCGGACCUCAUGAUAAUUGUUGGGAUUGGUGGAUCGAUAUCACAGCUCAUCGUCAUGCCGUUGUUAACUCCGCUCAUCGGAGAAGAGAAGAUGCUCUCUGUGGGCCUCUUUUUCGGCUGUGCUCACAUGGUACUUUACAGCAUUGCUUGGGCUCCCUGGGUUCCUUAUGUAGCAGCAAUGAUCACCGUUGUAGCUACUUUUGCUCUGCCAUGUCUACGAAGCAUUGCAUCGAAAGAAACAGGGCCGAGUGAGCAGGGAAAGACGCAAGGGUGCAUUACGGGCAUAUGUUCUUUCGCCAACAUUGUCUCUCCUCUUGCUUUCACCCCUUUGACAGCAUUGUUUUUAUCGGACGAUGCACCAUUUCACUUUCCUGGAUUCAGCAUUAUGGUCUCCGGCUUAGCAGCUAUGAUAGCAUUCGUACUAAGCGUCACGAUAAGGCCAACUCCUUCCCGAGCCCACUAUUGCAUCUCUGCCCAAACAGAGCCCUUAGUUUGA